AAUAAAUUGCUAUCACUAGCUUUCACUAAACCCAAAUCGGAACUGUUUCGGUUAUGCUCCGCCGCUGAAACCGUCGUCUUGACCACCGACACCUCCUCGUGAGCCAAUUAGCCCUAAUUAUCGUUAUGGAGCUUCCGUUAACCGCCAUUAACAUCUCACGAACAUUAUAUUCACCUUCACCUUCACUUAACCCUAAUUAUCGUUCAUUCGAUGACAAUUCCAAUUUCAUCCGCCAGAUCUCUACGAGAAGAUUCAAACUCCGUAACAAUUCAAAACGACUGCGUUUAAUCGAAUCGAAUUCCGGUAAACAUUCUUCUUCUUCAUCGAUAUUGAACAGAGAGAGGAUUACAUCGGAUGAAACCGGAAUUGUGGAAGUGAUUGGGAUUGGAAGCCGGAACGACGCUGUUCUCGACUUCUGUUUGCAGUCGUUGUCGCUUUCGCGACGAUUACGGUUCUGGAAUAUUAUAGUGGAAGAAACAUCUAAGGUGCAGUUACAACAACGGUUACUUGGGGAUGAUAUGAGCAAAACAGGCGUGGAAGAGCGGAUGUUCAUGGAGUCCUGUUCAAACGCGGUUAUACUUGUGGCUGGGGCAUCCUAUGGUUCAGAUCUUACCACGGUGCAUGAUAUAUUUGAAGCAGUAAAGCUUGCAAAUGGCUUUAAUGUAACCAUCAUUCUGAAGCCUUUUAGAUUUGAAGGACAAAGACGCCAAAAUGAGGUGAAAGAUUUACUCUGUAAACUUGAUGGGCUUACAGAUUUCUGUAUCAUGGUUGACGCCGAUGCACUUCUAGAAAAAGAUUUAGUAACUUUAGAUGAGGCAUUGCAGAUUGCAAAUAAUGCUGUGUUGAUGUCAUUAAACGCAGUCUCCAUUUUGACUUCUGAGUCCAACAGAAAAUUUCUGGAUAUACCACAUGGGAGUAUGAAAGAACUCGGAGUCAAAGACCUCAAAAAGAUUUUAGGAAACUAUAAGGAGGCAAAAAUUGGAUAUGGGGUCGGUCGUGACAUUGAAGCAUCGAUUGUUCAAGCCAUAUAUGAUUGCCCUUUUCUUGGGUCAGGCGUAAAGGACUUAACUGGAACUGUUGUAUUCAUACUCACAAGUCCAGUUGUCAUUGACAGCAAGGACAUGCAUGGCAUUCUGGGUACAUUUCGCCAAGUUUCAGAAUGGGAGGGUGAAAUUGUAACUUCAAUAGUUCAUGAACCAGAUAUGAGUCCUGGCUCAAUUUCAACAACCGUGUUUACUAUCGGUUGUAUAAAGCGCGAGUCUUCUAAAAAUGAUGGCAUAUUUUCUAGACUGGUCCAACGUUUUCCUUUCGUUUUCAAUAUUUUGAAGCCACAAUCACAGCUGGAUACCACUCAAGAAAAUAGUUCGUUCGAUAGCACAUUUUCUUCUCAGGAAAAAUAUGAAAAGCCAAAUGUAGGUUCCAUGAAUGGUUCUGUUGAUGGUUUUCACAAUUGGUCUUCAGAACUUCAGUCAAUAUUGAACAGUGUUACUGAUGCAAAAACUCUAACAAGGGAUAAUGAUGUUACAGAACAGAAUGAUACUGAAUUUUCACAAGCCACCUUCUACAGUGAAUCAGCCGACGGGUCACAAACUCUUCAGAGGGAGCUUCUGAUUAACAGAAGGCCGGGGUAUCUUUCUACUGAGGAAGCAGCCAAUGAGACAAAUGAUAGUCUAAUGAUUAACCUAAAUACAUAUAAACUCCCAGUUGGUGUAAAGCCAUCAGGCGAUCCGAAAGAUGGGUUCAAUGGCCCGCGGGUCAUGCACCCAGAGGGAAAUAGUGAACUUAGUAAAAAGAACGAGAAUCAGUUUUCUGUUAGUGUGACAUUGGAUGACCCAGCUGAUGCCAACUUGCAAGCACCGUCAGAUUUUAGCAGCAAAAAUGGAGUGUAUCCAGAUGUUUCUAGAAAGAAUGGAUCACUUUCUGCUCGUGCAGCUUCCAUGCUGGAAUCUGAACGCGAGACACAAAAAAAAUGGAAUCCCGUGGUGGAAAUAAACUACCGUGGAGGAAUAUACGUGGGGCGGUGCCAGGGCGGUCUUCCUGAAGGAAAGGGUCGUUUGUCAAUGAGUGAUGGAAGUAUGUAUGAUGGGUUAUGGCGUUAUGGUAAAAGAUCGGGAAUGGGUACCUUAUGCUUCAGCAAUGGGGAUGUUUUCCGUGGGUCAUGGAGAGAUGAUGUUAUGCAUGGAAAGGGAUGGUUUUACUUUCACACAGGAGAUAGGUGGUUUGUGAAUUUUUGGAAGGGAAAGGCAAACGGAGAAGGGCGGUUUUAUUCGAAAAACGGUGAUAUCUUUUUUGGCCGUUUUAAAAAUGGAUGGCGAGACGGGCAUUUUCUCUGCAUUGAUGUUAGCGGAUCAAGGUAUGUUGAGAUCUGGGAUGAAGGUGUCCUAGUAAGCCGUAAGCAGUUGGAGUCUAAUGAUGGUGAUCCUUAAUCCCUUUCGUUUAUAUCAUUGUUUCGGUUGUACAUUACAUUGAAAUUUUGACUUGUGCAUGUAUAUAUGAUGUAUCAACACUUGGCCUUUUGAUAAAUAACCAACCACUGUUUUAUUAUUC